AUGUCUCAAGCGAACAAACAAACAGCAUUAUCAGCAGCAUUCAUCUUGGUCUUCAUCAUCAUCAUCAUGAGCAUCAUCACCGGGAUCCUCACUGGCAUUCGUCUUGGUCCUCAGCGUUAUCAUCCUCAGCAUUCAUCUUGGUCCUCAUCAUCAUUAGGAUUCAUCUUGGUCCUCAUCAUCAUGAGUAUCCUCACCGGCAUUCGUCUUGGUCUUAAGCAUUAUCACCAUCAGCAUUCAUCUUGGUCCUCAUCAUCAUCUGCAUUCGUCUUGGUCCUCAUCAUCAUCUGCAUCCUCACCGGCAUUCAUCUUGGUCCUCAUCAUCAUCAGCAUCCUCACCGGCAUUCUUUUUGGUCCUCAGCAUUAUCAUCAUUAGCAGCAUUUAUCAGCAGCAUUCAUCCAUUCGUCUUGGUCCUCAUCAUCAUCUGCAUCCUCACUGGCAUUCAUCUUGGUCCUCAUCAUCAUCAUUGGUCUUGGUCCUCAUCAUCAUCUGCAUCCUCACCGGCAUUCAUCUUGGUCCUCAUCAUCAUCAUUCGUCUUGGUCCUCAUCAUCAUCAUUCAUCUUGGUCCUCAUCGUCACCAUCAUUCAUCUUGGUCCUCACCACCACCAUCACUUUGCCCCUCAUCAUCAUCAGCAUCAUCAGCGUCAUCAUCAUUGGUUGCCCCUCAUCAACACUAGCAUUCGUCUUGGUCCUCAUCAUCAUUCGUCUUGGUCCUCAUCAUCAUCAUCAUCAUCAUCAUGAGCAUCCUCACCGGCAUCAUCACUGGCAUUCGUCUUGGUCCUCAGCGUUAUCAUCAUCAGCAUUCAUCUUGGUCCUCAUCAUCAUCAUUUUAAAAAAAAAAAAAAAAAUUAUAAUAAUAGAAUUUUCACUAUAUUAG